UUGGUGUGCAGUGGAACAUUGCACAACACCUCGUAAUAACAUCCGUUCUAACCUCACUCUCCCUCGAUCGGUAAACGAGUCUGUUCGUGAACUUAGCGAGUGUAACGUCGGUCGUGAGCGGAUGCAGUUGUGUGUGUUGUCAAGUGUUAGAAGAUGAGUAGAAGUUAUUCCGUCGCUGCCAGUUAUUAAGAAGUUGCAAGCUGUGACUUGGAACAGCCUGUCCAGACAUCAAUUUACAAUCCAAACCGGGAAGAGUGCAGCACAGUAGUAAUCUAAGUGGGAAAUGGAGGACACAGCAAUGGAUGUGUUUUGCAAUUCCACGUUUUGGAAUUCCAAUGAAACAUGGUACACUGAAAACCCAGAAUUGUCACCAUGUUUCCAGAAUACAGUACUGGUAUGGAUUCCAUGUCUCUUUCUGUGGGUGUUCUCCCCUCUGGAGACAUACUACAUACUUCACAGCAAGACAAGGAACAUUCCUUGGAACUGGCUCAACAUCACAAAACUUGUUCUAACUGUUGUGCUGGUGAUAUUAGCAACUGCUGACUUGGGACGUUCAGUUCAUUUGAGUGCUAAUGGUGAAAGUGUAUCAUCUGCAGACUUCUAUUCACCUAUAAUUAAAAUAGCAACAUUUAGUUUCUCGGGAGUGUUGGUCGUGUACAACCGUGUUCGUGGAAUGAGGACAUCGGGUCUACUUUUCCUGUUCUGGUUUCUUCUGGCACUGUGUGGCGCAGUGCGAUAUCGUUAUGAGCUCACUGUCACGAACAUUGAACAGGAGGACCGGUUCUUUUCGUUUGUCAGUUACAUGAUAUACUAUCCUCUGGUUCUUGCCAUGCUGAUUUUCAACUGUUUUGCCGAUGCCCCUCCUCGAUUCUCAGAGUAUCCGCUCGUUGAAAGACCGUGCCCCGAACAAGGUGCCUCAUUUCUAUCCAAACUAUUCUUUGCUUGGUUCGAUGCGCUCGCAUGGAGAGGUUUUCGUAAACCUCUGGAGACGAAAGACCUCUGGAAUAUGAAUCCUGAAGAUACUGCGAGUGAAGUUAUUCCCGCUUUUGACAAAUACUGGGAGAAAACGCUUCGGAAAACAUCAAAUGUUCCGAGUCCCAAAGCCUCGUUCAGAAAAACGUCAGGAAAUGUGGAUUUUGUUGGUGGGAGACACUGGAAAAAACAACAAGCGUCAGUUCUUCCAGCGUUGUGCAGAGCCUUCGGCCCCACGUUAUUGUUUGGUUCAUUCCUGAAACUGGUGCAAGAUAUUAUGAUAUUUAUCAGCCCGCAAAUAUUGAAGUUGCUCAUUUCGUUCGUUGAAGGCAAAGAAUCUUUAUGGAAGGGCUACUUAUAUGCCAUACUCAUAUUUGUCGCAGCAUCAGCACAAACGCUGGUUCUGGCUCAGUAUUUCAACCGCAUGCUUUUGGUUGGUCUUCGUAUCAGAACCGCGCUCAUUGCUGCCAUAUAUCGUAAGGCCUUGCGUAUGUCAAACACGGCACGGAAGGAAUCUACCGUCGGUGAAAUUGUGAAUCUCAUGUCUGUGGAUGCUCAAAGGUUCGUGGAACUCACCGCUUAUCUCAACAUGAUCUGGUCAGCCCCACUGCAGAUCGCUCUUGCGUUGUACUUCCUAUGGGACACUCUUGGUCCAUCUGUUCUUGCUGGAUUGGCAGUAAUGAUAAUUUUGAUUCCUGUGAAUGCAGUUAUUGCCAAUCGCGUAAAGACGUUACAGAUCCGACAGAUGAAGAGCAAAGAUGAACGUGUGAAGUUGAUGAAUGAGGUGCUGAGUGGUAUUAAGGUGUUGAAACUGUAUGCAUGGGAGCCAUCAUUUGAGCAACAAAUUCUUAAGAUACGUGAGAAGGAAAUUGCUGUGCUUAAGCAGGCGGCUUAUCUCAACGCAAGCACAUCAUUUAUUUGGUCGUGCGCGCCAUUCCUGGUAUCACUGGUCUCCUUUGGCACGUUUGUCCUGUCGGAUCCAAACAACAUUCUCGACUCGAAGACAGCGUUUGUCUCGCUAUCACUCUUCAAUAUACUGCGUUUCCCCCUCUCUAUGUUGCCUAUGCUGAUAUCAAAUCUGGUGCAGGCCAGUGUUUCCAUCAAGCGUGUGAACAGAUUCAUGAACUCUGAAGAACUGGAUCCUAACAGCGUGCAGCACGAUCAGUCUGAAAAGAAUCAUCUGGUAAUUGAGAAUGGUAAUUUUUCGUGGGGAUCCGAAGAUCAAGUAAUCCUGCGUAACAUCAAUCUCAGCUUUAAGCAGGGUUCUCUUGUGGCUGUCGUUGGAACUGUCGGUUCAGGAAAAAGUUCACUUAUAUCUGCUUUUUUGGGAGAAAUGGACAAAAUCACUGGCAGAGUCAACACCAAGGGUUCAAUUGCAUACGUCCCACAACAGGCGUGGAUACAGAAUGCAACAUUGUUGAAUAACAUCAUAUUUGGCAAGUCGCUCGAUCAUUCUUCAUACCAAAGAAUUAUUGAAGCUUGCGCUCUGAAACCUGAUCUUGAGAUGCUUCCAGCUAGUGACCAGACAGAGAUUGGGGAAAAGGGUAUUAACCUCAGUGGAGGUCAGAAACAACGAGUUUCUCUUGCCCGAGCAGUCUACAACAAUGCAGAUAUUUAUUUUCUUGACGACCCUCUUAGUGCAGUGGAUAGCCAUGUUGGAAAACACAUUUUUGAAAAUGUUAUUGGACCCAGUGGCAUUCUUCGCAGGAAGACAAGAGUGUUGGUGACACAUGGAAUCACUUACUUGCCGGACGUGGAUAUGAUCGUCGUCUUGAAAGAUGGCGAGGUGACCGAGAUGGGCACAUACAAGCAGCUGCUAGAGAAGAAAGGGGCUUUCGCAGAAUUUUUAGUUCAACAUUUACAGGAGAUUGGUGUGGAUGAUGGUACAUCUGAAGCUGACUUGGAUGAAAUUAAACAACAGUUAGAAAACACAAUUGGUACAGAGGAGCUCCAGCAGAAACUGAAUCAUGCGCGUUCCAGAGCAUCUGAAAGCCAGAGCGACUCGGCUUCUCUGUCAGGAGAAAAACAGUCUUUGACCGGAUCACUGAACAGGCAGCACUCGGUAGAGAGCAGCACAGAACGGGGAGGCUCUCGACAUAGACUCAAUUCAUUAGACAAGGAUACUGGUUCUAAUUCUAAGUUUGUAGCAAAGCCUAAUGGAGAUAAACUCAUAGAAGCCGAGAAGACAGAAACUGGAAGUGUGAAAUGGCAUGUCUACACCUAUUACCUCAAGAGUAUUGGAAUCUUCCUUUCUGGGGCUACCAUAUUUUUCAACCUGGUUUUUCAAGCAUUUUCAAUUGGUUCAAAUGUGUGGCUUUCAGAGUGGUCAAACGAUAAGAAUGUCUAUGUGAAUGAGACUGUAAAUGAAGGCAAGCGAGAUCUUUAUUUGGGUGUCUAUGGAGCGCUAGGAGCCGGCCAAGCACUGAGUGUGUUUGUGCAUACACUUACUAAUGGUAUUGGAGGACUGAAGGCAGCAAAAUUGCUCCACCAGUCUCUGUUGGAAAACUUGAUGCGUUUACCCGUGUCGACGUUCUUUGACGUUACACCUAUUGGACGUAUCUUGGCACGUUUCUCGAGCGACGUGAAUGUCGUCGACGCAGUCCUGCCUCACUUGUUCCAUAUGUGGUUUCCUAAUAUUUUUCGGGUUGUCGCCACACUUGUGGUGAUAAGCUACAGCACUCCAAUCUUCAUAUCUGUGAUUAUUCCUAUCGGCAUCAUAUAUUACUUCAUUCAGCGAUUCUAUGUUUCUACAUCUCGUCAGUUGAAGAGGUUAGAGUCUGUUUCAAGGUCUCCUGUCUACUCGCACUUUGGUGAAAGUAUAACAGGAGCACAAACAAUUCGAGCGUACAAUGUACAACAGAGGUUUAUACGUGAAUCAGAAGAAAGGGUAGACUUUAAUCAGGUCUGCUAUUAUCCCAGUAUAAUUGCAAACAGGUGGCUGGCCGUACGACUGGAAAUGGUGGGAAAUCUCAUAAUAUUCUUUGCUUCAUUAUUUGCUGUUCUGAAUAGGGACACCAUGAGCCCGGGUCUCGUCGGCCUGAGCGUCAGCUACGCGUUGCAGAUAACACAAACACUCAAUUGGUUGGUCAGGAUGACCUCGGACGUGGAGACAAAUAUCGUGGCUGUGGAGAGAAUCAAGGAGUAUGGAGAGACGGAACAGGAAGCUCCGUGGGAUAUCCCGACAAACCAGCCAUCAAGCGCUUGGCCUGAAAAGGGACAAGUGGAAUUUAAGGACUAUCAGGUUCGCUACAGGGAAGGACUUGACCUUGUGUUGAGAGGUAUCUCUUUUACUGUCAAAGGGGGAGAAAAGGUUGGUAUCGUUGGACGGACCGGUGCCGGAAAGUCAUCCCUUACAUUGGGCCUGUUCCGUAUUAUCGAGGCUGCGGGUGGAAAGAUCCUUAUCGAUGGAGUGGAUGUCUCUAAACUUGGGCUCCAUGCUUUGAGGUCACGGUUAACAAUCAUCCCUCAAGAUCCAGUCCUGUUCUCGGGAACGUUGCGCGUCAACUUGGAUCCAUUUGGAAGUUGCUCUGAUUCAGACAUUUGGCUAGCUCUGGAGCACGCGCAUCUCAAGGCUUUCGUUAAGGCGUUGCCCGACAGUCUCGAGCAUUCCGUAUCUGAAGGUGGGGAGAACCUCAGCGUUGGCCAGCGCCAACUGAUUUGCUUAGCAAGAGCUCUCCUGAGGAAAACAAAGGUUCUUAUCCUGGACGAGGCUACCGCUGCUGUGGACUUGGAAACCGAUGACCUCAUACAGACGACAAUCCGCAGCGAGUUCAAGGACAGCACGGUACUCACGAUCGCACAUCGUCUAAACACGAUUAUGGACUCGGACAGGGUAAUAGUACUUGACCGAGGUCUGCUGGUUGAAUAUGACACGCCGGAAGCGCUGCUACAGAACAAAGAUUCCAUAUUCCACAGUAUGGCCAAGGAUGCUGGUUUGGUAUAAAACUUAAUGUCUUAUGAAGAGACUGUGAUGAACAGUUCUGUUCUCAGGUGGUGAAGAUGCUGGAAGGAAUGGUCGUCGUACCAUUCCGGCAGUUCGCCCCCUUUGUAUUUUGUGAAUCGUGAGUUGUUUAUGCUGUGUGUGAAUGUGAUUAAGUCAUGGAUGCUGGCAUCUCCCAGAGACUCGCAGUAUCCGUGACAGACUUAUUCUUGUCGUCUGUUAGUUGUCCGUCAUUUAGACGAAGUAUUCAAAACCAGUUUAAUUGAGUAGACGUAAGAUAAUACCAGUGUCGCAGGUUUCCAAAGAUAUCGUCUGCAGAAUCGGCGUUGUCGCGCUUCGCACCGCCUCCAUACGUGCUCGUCGUUCAUUUCUCAUUUAAUUGUUUUUGUCUCCUGCGUAUUCACGCGUAUUAAACGGGAGGCUUCGCGUAUCGAGAUGACUUUAUCUUGGCAUUGUUACGCAGGUCGGUUUUCGCGAAAGAUAAAUUAUUUCUAAAUAAAAUGUUUAUGUGCAUUUACGUCAUACUCUUUAUUUCAAAGUUUCAGUCUGAAAAUAGGGUUGCAGCUUUUAAAAAGGUUAGUUCGUUGUCAUUUCUUUUUAAAGAAUGAAAAUAAUGACGUAACCUUCUUCAGUGCACUUUUUUGACGUAAAUCCUGUUUGUGCAACCUUACUUAUUAAUUGAAAUUAAAAGGAAUAUUUAAAAAAAUGUUUAAAGGUUAAUUACUUCUUAAAUUACAUGAUGGGGCCAACGUGAUAAUAGAAAAACUGUAUUUUCAAAAUCGAAUGACACCAGAAGAACACGAGUCCUAAACUACGCUGAUUGAAAAACGCGUAAUUUGAAGCAGAACAAAAAUUAGUAACUUGACAAAAUUGCAGUAGAAAUUUUUACAAAAUAUUGCACCGUAAAUAAGAUGGAGACUUUCGUGCACAUAAAUGUGAUAUUUUAUGCCUGCAUCUCUGCGUAACAAACGGUGCACGUGCUCAUCCUUUCCAGGCUCUUUUGUAGAAUAAAAAUGUAUCGCAGCCUUCAAUGCUGAAUAUGAAAAAUACAAAAUUCAUUCCUAAGAAUUUGUGCGCUCUGCGUAAGUCACACUUUUUGUAUAGGCAGCGUAGUUUUGUGUUCUGUCGUGCUUGUACUUGCAACAUUUAUGCCUGGUUUGCAAAGCAGACGGACUGGAGUCGGGUACUAUAAUAAAAAAAAACCCUGUUCAAGUUCUUCAAGUUACUUGUAUCAUUUGUCUUCAUUAAUUAAUUAUCCAGCAGUUGAAGAAAGCAAAGUUACGUUAAUCCGAGCGUCGGGUUCUGUGCUAAGACGACGUGACAUUUGAAUGACGAGUAUGUUCAGGCAUUUUUUUGAGUAACGUGUUGUACAUGUUAUAUCUACAACGCAGAAGUUGUUUGAUGUUUGAAUGCGGGAACCGACGUCGAUUGAAGUCAAGAAAUUGUGAUGGACGAUGUGCGCACGCAUUUUAUGUUCACGUGAAGAGGGUGGAUGAACCUUCGUCCCAAGGUACGACGUUUUGAAAUGAUAAUUGUUUGUGCACAUUACAGUCUUGAUCUUUGAUUUUGCAAUUUCUAUGUAAAGGAACUUUUAAGUUCAGAUUCGUCAGUUUUUUAAUGUUUCAAAAUUGCCGGAGUGUGUUCCGGAACUGUCUUAGCGCAUUGAACUUCGCUGCUGUUCACUUUCAUCACGUUUAGUACGUUGAUUGUUUACUUAGUUGGCACUUUCAAAUUUUCUUGCCUUGAUUUUUAUUUAUAAUUACAGUUUUUUAUUGUAAUAUUUUUUUGUUACUGAAUGUACGAUACUUUUACAACGAUUUGCACUCCACGCUGAUUUUACAUGUUUAGUGGAACUUAGGUUAUAAUUUCUUUGGUCCUGGGCAUUGCGAAUGUAAUUAAGAUAUUUAAAUUAAACGCAAAUAACUUAAGUAAGGGUACACCGAGAAUCACGAGGUCUGUAACAGUAGGAAAAAUCUAAGAAACUUGCAGGAAAAAUUUUAUCAUUGCCUUUCGUAAGUUGGUAUUGCUAAGGAAUCACGCUCCUUCGCUAUCGACAUCUCGGAUCUAAUCCACGGGAAUAAAUACUAAUCUUUGAGUAUGUUUUACUUUUGAGGUUAUGUCUGUCUGUUAAGGUUGUCACUUUAUUAUUAGCCGUAGUUCAAUUUAAAGUUU